UCCUGAGUUUGUUUUUCUUCUUAACUAUUCACAACAAUUGGCAGGAACGGAAGAGGCCUUGGUCGAUUCGCAGAUGGGAUGUAGUGACACUUGUGUCUGAGGUGCCUAAACGAAGAUCCAAUAUGGCAGAAGCAGCAGGAGCAGCAGGAGCAGCAGGAGCAGCAGGAGCAGUAGGAGCAGCAGCUUCAGGUCUUGGGGCCGUCGUUGCAGCCAGUGAAGCCAUCGCUGCUGCUGCUCCUACUCAUCGCCAGUGCAAUGUCGAGAUCACUAAUGCCUGUAAAAAGUACAGCCUCUGUAAUCCCAGGAUGCACCUUUACAGCGGACAGUGUGCGAUACCUCAGUCCCCCUUCGUUGACUCUGGAACAUCUGAUGUUGCUGUGUUUGUCAAAACCCCUGGCACAGUAUGUGGAUCUGUUGGCGUCAUCACGUAUGAUCUCCAGAACAACAAAACAAAGAAGAGCUGUAUGAAAAUGGCCAUCUUGUUCUCUGUGCCUUUCGACUUUAAUAUUUACUCCAAUGUGUAUGCAGUGGGAAUGUUUGACAAAAGCAAGGAGUGUAGUAAGGCACUUUAUUAUGAGAUGAUGGAUGGAUCACCUGCAACAUUUGCCAGAAAGGAAGCAAGAGAGCCAGGAAGUCUCAUUUAUAAAGGUGGUACUUUUACCAUCAUGGCUACAAUGUCAGACGCCUACCAACCUGUCAUAAAGCUGCGAAUUUUUGAGACAGAUUAGUGACCAAACAUAAACAAUGUUGGUUACAGAACAAAACAUUUCAUUUCGAUUUAAUUAUUUGAACAGGACAGUGAGCAGAGGUGUCCAAAGUAUUCCCAUUCAUUCCUCAAGUAGAAGUAUAGAUAUUAGGGUUUAAAAAGUCUUCUGUAGAAGUUGAAUUAGCAACUCAAGCUUUUUACUCCAGUAAAAGUGUUAAAGUACUGGUUUCAAAACUGCUUAAAGUAUAAAAGUAAAUGUAAGGCACAGGUGUCAAACACGCGG